AUGAGUGUCCCCGAAGCUCCCCAUCCUAUCCCGCAGCGAUUUGAAGUCGACGACGAGGCAGAGAUGGAAAAGGUCAAGCAUGAGGAAGUGCCGGAGGAUCCAUUCGGAAAUGAAGAAUCUGGGGAAGUGAAGUAUCGUAUCAUGCCUUGGUGGCAAGCUGGAAUGCUGAUGGUCGCCGAAAAUAUCUCCCUGGGAAUUCUAUCCCUUCCAUCCGCUGUCGCAACUCUCGGAAUUGUCCCGGCAUUUCUCAUUAUCCUUGGCUUAUCUGCGAUAUCAUGGUACACCGGGUACAUCAUGGGCCAGUUCAAGCAGCGGUAUCCCCAGGUGCAUAGCAUGGGCGAUGCCGGAGAACUCCUUCUAGGGCCCAUCGGGCGCGAGGUAUUCUAUGUCGGCCAGCUGCUGUUCAUUAUCUUCUUGAUGGCCAGCCACAUUCUCACAUUCUCUGUGUUGCUUAACACAAUCACAAACCACGGCACCUGCACCAUCGUGUUUGGGGUUGUUGGUUUGAUUGUCAGCUUCCUCGGGGCCCUUCCGCGCACAGCAGAGAAGGUCUUUUGGAUGUCCACUAUUUCCGCCCUUAGUAUUUUGAUUGCCACGAUUGUCACCAUGGUUGCCAUCGGCGUUCAAGCUCCCGAUAACGUCCAAAACGAUAUUACCACAUCUCCUAGUUUUGCAGACGCCUUCCUCGCGGUGACAAACAUCGUCUUUGCCUUCAUCGCCCACGUCUCUUUCUUCGGCAUCAUGUCAGAGAUGCAGGACCCUAAGGAAUUCCCGAAAUCAUUGGCCAUGCUUCAGGUCGUGGAUACCAUCAUGUAUAUCGUGACUGCGAUGGUCAUCUACUGCUAUGCGGGCCCAGAUGUAUCAUCCCCGGCUCUAUCUUCGGCCGGUCCCCUCAUGAAGAGAGUUGCAUACGGCCUAGCAAUUCCAACAGUCAUUGUUGCCGGUGUGGUUUUCGGUCACGUUGCGUGCAAAUACAUUUACGUGAGAAUCUUCCGAGGCGAGCGCUCCCACCAUAUGCACCAGAGGAGCUUUUUGGCCACAGGAACUUGGGUCGCGAUUGGCCUGAGUACGUGGACCGUUGCAUGGAUUAUCGCAGAGUCAAUUCCGGUGUUCAAUGAGUUGUUGAGUCUGAUCAGUGCUCUAUUUGGAAGCUGGUUCAGCUACGGACUGCCUGCCAUCUUCUGGCUUGUUAUGAACAAAGGAAAGUGGGUUUCAACACCGCGAAAGAUCAUCUUGACCAUUGUGAACUUGGUAAUCCUAGCUAUCGCCUGUGCCAUUUGUGGAUUGGGACUCUAUGUCUCAGGCAAGGCCAUCAACGAGAGUUCAUCCAAGUCCAGCUGGACAUGUGCCAACAAUGCUACUUGA